AACAUAUUCACAACAUGGAGGGACACAGGCUCGGUGUCCUGCUGUGGAUCUGUGUCUGUGUGCUAGACGGUGUAGCAGGCAGCUGUCCUGAUGGUACAUACGGCUACCAGUGUGGCUACAGAUGUAACUGUCUAGUGGCCAGCUGUGAUACUUCGGAUGGGUGCAAAUCACAGAGCUGUAACACCGGAUGGUCAGGACCCACAUGCCAGCAAUACAAUAAAGCACUCAACAAACCCACAUCAGCCAGUACAGCUUUUCGUCCACCGAACAAUGCUGUCAACGGAAACACCAGGGCAGAUUACAGCCUACUAUGCUUUCAUUCAGCAUUCAAUGACAACUUUAUAACGUCUGUAUGGUGGCGGGUGGAUCUGGGGGAGAGGACAGCGAUACAUGACGUCACAAUAUACUUCAGGAAAGACUUGAGAGUACGUCGGAAUGGUAUCCGGAUCUACAUAGCUGAUACUGACGCCUCCCCAACUGAUGGAGUCAACUGCUACUACGUCACAGGGAACAGACACGGGACGGACAUACCUGAUGUUUUGAGAGUCUCGUGUCCUGGUAAAGGGCGUUAUCUGGUCCUGUAUACCGCCACUGUGAACAACGAACCAGACGGUUAUACCAUGCCGAUAAUGGAUUUCUGUGAAGUGGAGGUUGACGUGUGCAGUCCUGGUACUUUCGGCGCUAACUGUGACAAGUACUGCCACUGUGUCGAGGAGGUAUGCGACCACGUGAGUGGUGUCUGUCCUGGUGGAGUCUGUCGACCGGGUUGGGCAACAGAAACGUGUGAGACAGUGUGUUAUGACGGCCAGUAUGGAGCCAACUGUAGUAACAGUUGCCAAAAAAGGAACUGCAAGGGAGACAACUCUAGCUGUAACCACGUGACAGGGGAAUGUAUUGGAGGCUGUGGGGUAGGAUGGAAUGGAGCAGACUGCAGCCACAAAUGCCUACAAUCGUAUGGCGACGGCUGUUCCGAAAUGUGCUCUGACAGGAAGUGCAACGAGGCCUCACGAGACAACUGUGACCACGUGACCGGGGAGUGUGAAAGUGGUUGCAGGCCCGGAUGGAAAGACACUGACUGCACAGAAGCAUGUGUCCCGGGGGUUGAGUACGGCGCUGACUGUGUGGGUGACUGCAGUGCCCGGAUGUGUAAAGGAAAUUUUGGCACAUGUCCCGGGGACACAGGCCGGUGUGAGUCAGGAUGUCAGCCGGGGUGGCGCGGAGAAGACUGCGCUCAGGUGUGCAGUCCUGGUACUUUCGGCACUGAUUGUGACAACUCCUGCCACUGUGAGGGCGAGGCGUGCGACUACGUGAGCGGCGUCUGUCCUGGUGGAGUCUGCCUACCUGGUUGGGAAACAGAAACGUGUGAGACAGUGUGUUAUGACGGCCAGUAUGGAGCCAACUGUAGUAACAGUUGCCUUAAUAGGAACUGCAAGGGAGACAACUCUAGCUGUGACCACGUGACAGGGGAGUGUGUUAGAGGCUGUAUGGCAAGAUGGAAUGGUAUAGACUGUACCCAGAAAAUGCCGGUGCCUGAUACCACCACACCCACAGGGGGACAGCUUUCUCCUACAACAACUGGUAUUAUUGGUGUAGCUGUGGGAACUGGUCUCACGGUGAUCCUGGGAAUUGUACUCCACGUGUGCCUUGUAAGACAAGGGAGGCUGAUGUGGAUUGGCACUUCUCAGAAGGAUGAGGUGAGGGACUCACAAGGGCCAGUUGACAAAAAUAUCACUCAGGCGUCUGACUACACAUCUGUAUCCGAGGUUGCACACGAUGAUGGAUGCAGCAUCGGCAACAACAACUAUAUUGCGGUUGAUGUGGCAACAAAGGCUGACAGUGAUAUUAUUGAGGACCAAAUUUAUGAAGAAAUAUAGACAGGAUUGUUACAUGUUGCAUGACACUAUAGUGUCAGAUGUGGUCACAUUAAGAACACACCUGAGCAUGCUAUCAACAACUACAGCAAUAAUGACUCAUUGAUUAAAAGAAAUAUGUCCAAAACGUUAUUUACCUGCAAUGAUGACCUACUAUUAAUAGACCGUUUCUGCGUUCGAGCGGAUUUACGGUCUGCCCGGGGAGCAUCCUGGCUACACUUUGGCUUCGAUUCAGGGGCCACAACAAGUACUGAUCAGCUUAGUGUCAGUCUACCCUGUCUGAGUAGGAUGUGUACGUUACUACGGCGUGAUAUCUCAGCACUAUAAAACCGGCAAUAGUCCGAACUAGUACAAGCUUUCACACACAUACUCACAUGCACGCACAUGCACAUACGCACAUACAGACGCACAACCUCGUGCAUGCACGUUACAUAUAACUGCAAAAACUGUACAUAUAUUGCUGAAUCUGUACAUAAACUGUUUCAGAUAAUUAGUAGAGAUUCUUCAUUACUACUUAUUAUAAUCAUAAGACUUCUUUGCUUGAUUAUCUGCUGAUAAUUAAAGUGAUUUAUUACAUAGUGUUUACUUUUACCAUCUGCAUCUAACAAUAAGUAUACCAAUUGUCACCAUGUCCAUGCUCAUAUACUACAUAAAGUUGGAAAAAAGGUAAUAUGUCAAAUAAUGUUCAUCUGUUGCAAUAGCGAAAGACAAUAUUGCGUGAAGAAAUGUUUUAAUGGACAAAAGUCUGUCCUCAAGUGCCACACAAUGCCAACAAACAGGUAAACAUGUGACCAAUAAUCAGUCAGACCACCCGUCAAAAUGAGAGUGUCUGACCAAAACUGAAACGCAAAAAAAUCACGAAAUCAAGUUCAUGGUCCUAAAAGCACGAAUCUCAGUAGGGCGUAUGUGAUCCACGUGAUGCGAUCACUUGUCUACGAUAGGGUUAAGGUUUGAUGACGCAAAAUGCGUAGAUCGUGACCAGACACCAGCCUCAAGGAGACGAUAACGCACUGUCUGAGUAAACAUUUAACCACCAUUUGGGUUCUACAGGUCAUUUCUGAGUGUAGUGGCAGCCACAAAGUGAUGUUUUGCUGCAAUCAAGAGAAACCUGUUCCUCUGUGUGUGGUGGAACGCGAUCGACCACCUGCAUGUCGCUGGGCAGCUGAUCCAAACGUCUGGUAUCGAUUCCCUGCCCUGCUGAUCCCACUUUGGCCGACACCAAAGUCGUUUGCAACUUGACGUGUUGACCUAUUUUCAAGCAUGCCUUUGCAGUUGCCUAAUUCUUUGGUAGUCAAACGACGUCUUUGAAGCUGAGAAGGCAUUCAGUUGUUGCAAUCCUCAGUAGCAAAUGUUUUUGUUGUCUCUGAUAAUGAUGUGCAGCGAUUCUGUCACGAUACAUUGUACCAUUGACUGCAAGCUUCUGUCCGUUCAUUAUAAAAGUGAGGUCGUAAAGGGGCCACCCAAUCAUUGUGACAAUACUGUUACCCAUACAUUUGGAUAUUUUUAUCUUUAUUUGUUGUUGGAUUUUAUAUAUCAUCUAAACGUGAUCUUUAGCAAACGUUGAGUAGUAUAACAUGCAUGUACUUAACUCAGAUGGUGAGAACAAAAGCUUUAUGUGGGCCCACCAAGCAGAUGUAAUUAUCGAUAACAUUAUUGAUUGAUAUGUGCGUAUAUUUUGAACAUGAAUGUUCAUUUAGAAUAGGUAGAAUAGGUAAAUUUCUGUACUUGACACAUCAUUUUGUUUAGGGUUUAGAUCGUUCCAAUAUCUAUCUCAUUCAUGUUAAGGAAAUUGGUUGUAAAAGUUUUUUAAGAUCGAUUUAUUAUGCAUGUGUUAGUGACACACUGUUCGUGUCUGAGACAUGCGGGCCACCCAUGAAGACAUGAACUUUAAUGAGUCACUGGAUGAGAUUACUAUGUUCUCUGAAAUACAAGUAACCUCUAUCAACGUGGUUUUGAUUGUGCAUGUCUAGUGUAUUCUAGUCAUGUUGUGUGUAUUCUAGUCAUGUUGUGUGUAUUCUAGUCAUGUUGUGUGUAUUCUAGUCAUGUCGUGUGUAUUCUAGUCAUGUUGUGUUAUUUCUAGUCAUGUGUGUAUGCUAGUCAUAUGUGUAUAAGAUAAUGUAUUACAUUAUCAUCAUGGUCCAAAGGAAGAAACAAAAAACACCUGCUCCGAUUUCUGUUUAGCUUUCCACCCAAGCCUACAUCGUGCAGACACUCCCAUAGCUGAAGGUGAUUAACUGAAUGAAACGCUUUUUUUAAAUCCACAAAAGCAAC